AUGUCCCACAACCAAGACCACCUGGCUUACGGCCAGUACCACGGCCAGGACUCUGACCGUGCCGGGACUGGAGACAGCGCGAGGAGCCUCGUCGGCGAUGCAUUUGGCAUGCUAAAGAACAAAUACAAAACACACCAGGGAUCCCACUCGUCAGGUCCGGCACCCGGAAACCAGAACCAGCCGCCAUCGCAGAGCUAUAACCCCAGCGGAUACGGCAGCCAAACCCACCCAAAUCCCGGUUACAACCCGGGGCCGACCCAAGGUUCAGGCAACCAGGGGAAACCACCAAAGCAAGAUAAGGUGUCCGGCCUGCUCGGCAAGUUUCAGGGCGUCAUUGCAGACUAUGGCGGCGAAUAUGCUCAAAAGAUUGGAACCGCUAUCGAUCCCCAAGGGUAUGCAGAGUAUGGAGCUAAGCCGCAGGCCCAGUCGCAGCACAGAUUCGGCAGUUUUGCCCCCGACCGUCAGGGCAACGAUGUACAGUGGUAUGUCGAUGGGUGCUCCUAUUUCUAUGCUGUCUCCAAGGCCCUGGAGUCGGCCCGAGAGUCCAUUUGGAUUUUGGAUUGGUGGCUAUCGCCAGAGUUGUACCUUAGACGACCCCCGUCGAAGAACGAACAAUACCGGCUUGACAGACUGCUGCAUGCUGCUGCGCAAAGAGGCGCGAAGGUCAACAUUAUUGUAUACAAGGAGGUCACUCAGGCGUUGACCCUUUCUUCACACCACACAAAACACCACCUAGAGAACCUUCACCCCAACAUCGCUGUAUUUCGCCACCCCGACCAUCUCCCAGACCGUCAAGGCCUGGCUGCUCAAAUCACAUCUUCUCUUCAAAAUCUGUCCCUGGACGCCCUGAAGCUCGGCCAGAUGUCCUCAGACGCCAUCCAGGGCAUCUACGGUAUCCACGAGGACAUGAUUCUCUACUGGGCCCACCACGAGAAACUUUGUAUCAUCGACGGCCGAGUCGCUUUCAUGGGCGGGCUAGACAUGUGCUACGGGCGCUGGGACACCCACCAGCACGCCCUUGCCGACGUCCACGACAACCCGGCCGACAAUGUCUUCCACGGCCAGGACUACAACAACGCCCGCGUACUGGACUUCACCGACGUUGCGCACCCGGACCAAAACAAACUCGAUCGAACCCAGACUUCGCGCAUGGGCUGGUCCGAUGUCGCCGUGAGCUUCCAUGGCCCGGCUGUCGAGGACAUUCGUCGCAUGUUUGUCGAGCGCUGGAACUUCCUGUACGAUAGCAAGUACCAGUCUCGCAAUGAUGCUCGAUUCGGCAGACUUGCGCUUUAUGGUCGCCCGAGCUCUACUGGACCGCCUCACUCGCAGCAAGGUGCUCAACAGCAGGCGCCUUACCAGCCUGGUCAACCCCAAUCCACUCAGCAGCAGGUCGGCGGUGUAGCUGCCGCCCAAGCUACUCAGCCUAGCUGGUCCCAGCAGCAGACGUACCAGCCUGGUCAACCCCAAACCGGGCAGCAGCAGGUCGGUGGCGCUGCCGCUGCCGCCACUGCCCAAGCGACUCAGCCGAGCUGGUCUCAGCAGCAGACCUCUUACCAGCCCAACCAAAGUCAGCACAGCACCCAGGCUACCGCACAAUCGAACCAGCCCGCUUGGUCCCAACAGCAACCUCAAUACCAGCCAUACCAACCUGGCCAAUCGGGAUCUAGCCAGCAGUCGCACCCCGGUACUCCCCAGCCUGCGGCUCCAUCCACCCAACCCGGCUGGUCUCAGGAACAAGCCGCCUACCAGCCUGGACAGAACCAACACACCCAGCAGCAACAUGGAAGCGAUACGCAGACUACUCCUCAAUACCAGGCCUACAAUAAUGGCCAGCAGUCUCAUCCUGGUACUCCACAGCCUACUGCCCCAUCAUCGCAGCCAAGCUGGUCGCAGCAGCAGCCUGCGUACCAGUCCGGUCAGCACUCGUACUCCCCAGCGCCUCAGGGUGUCAGUGAGAUAGGACCUUCGAGCCCCCAGCCAAGCUGGAAUCAACAACACAGCUCAUACCAGCAACCUCAACAGCAGUUACACUCGAGCACCCCACACUCUGCUAACCAGUCACCUUACACUGGUCAAUCCUUCCCACCCCCUCCCCCGGGACCACCACCAACUCAGGGCUCGACCGAGAACCAAACGCCGCCCUACUUCGCGCCUCCUCCUUCGCAGCCUGCGCAGGAUUCCUCGUAUUCAGGAUCGCGAGGUAUUUCGGGUUAUGACGGGGGAGACCGCGAGAGAGGACCAGGCGGCAAACCAGGCUCCGGUUCCGUGUCUGGCUUCGUACCCAAGCGCUUCCGUGACAACUUCGAUUCCCUUCGCGGUGAGCUGGCUGGUCAAAUCCACCAAUACCAGGACCGCUUCGCCGCGGGUAGCCUAGGACGACCCCAGCAGCGCGGAAACAUGUCCUGCCAGAUCCUGCGUAGUUGUGGAAAAUGGAGCAACGGCACACCCACCGAGAAGUCGAUCCAGGAUGCAUAUAUCGAGAUCAUCAAGCACAGUGAACACUUCAUCUAUAUUGAGAAUCAGUUCUUCAUUACCGCAACAGGUGAUAAGCAGAAGCCCGUCAAGAACCAGAUCGGUGCUGCUAUUGUUGAACGUAUCCUGCGUGCCGCCCGCGCAGGCCAGAAGUACAAGGUCAUCGUCGUAAUCCCCACUGUACCCUGCUUCGCAGGUGAUCUGGCAGACCAGGCCGCCCUCGGAACCCGCGCGAUUAUGGAGUUCCAGUACAACUCGAUUAACCGCGGGGGCAACAGCAUCAUGGAGCUGAUUGCCAAGGAGGGAUACAAUCCUAUGGAGUACAUCCGAUUCUACAACCUUCGGAACUAUGACCGCAUCAAGUAUGCCGCUCCCCAAGGCGCCCCUCAAGGCGCUCCAGGAUUCGGACCCGGCCAUCGCCCUGCCUUUGACACUUCGGCCGCCUACCAGUCGUACGGAGCUGCCCCUGCAGCAGGUCUCAAAUCCGGAUCUGGGCAGCUGGACACCGUGAGCUCGUGCUACAUGCUCAACGGGCCAGACAUUCGUAGCCUCCCUUGGGACGGUCCCAGUGAAGCGGAGAUCAACGCCUUCGUGACGGAAGAACUAUACGUACACUCCAAGGUCAUGAUCGCCGACGACCGCAUCGUCAUCUGUGGAUCCGCCAACAUCAACGACCGCUCACAGGUCGGCGACCACGACUCAGAAAUCGCCGUCAUCAUCGAAGACCCAACCCCAGUUCCAUCCAAGAUGAACGGGCAGUCCUGGCCAGCCAGUCGUUUUGCAUCGUCACUCCGCCGCCACCUCUCCCGAAAGCAUCUCGGCCUCCUCCCGCCUCAGAACUAUGAGCAGCCCGAAAGCGACCGCUUCGACUUCGAGUCUCCCGAGAGCCAGAUCGUCGCGGAUCCCUUGGCAGACACGUUCCUCAGCCUCUGGAACACCCGCGCGCACACGAACACCGGCGUCUACCGAGAGGUCUUCCACUCUGUUCCCGACGACACGGUACGCAAUUGGAGCACGUACAAGGAGUUCUACGGGUACUACUUCAAGAAUGCCGAUAAGCAGGCCUUUGGCGAGGAGAUGGAUGGGCCGCCGGCGGCGUACAAGUACGGCCAUGUGGUUUCGGAGAAAUUCCCAGGCCCCGAGGGCGUGGCGCGAGUCAAGGAGCUGCUCAGUCAGGUGAAGGGGACGCUGGUGGAGAUGCCAUUGAUGUUCCUCUGCGAGGAGGACGUGGCUGAAUCGGGGUUGACGCUUAACGAUCUGACAGAACCGCUGUACACCUAA